CGUAAUUGACUAACGGGUGUGCUGCCAGGCAAUAGGUCCUUUGGUGUCAGUUUAAUCGUAUACAUCCUGUAGUCGAGAGAACAUAGUAUUGCCCACCAUGUCUUUAGCGAAGUUACUAAGUUUAGAUGUGGAUUUUCUGCAGUCGAUGAUGGAGAAAACCGAACCUGAAGUGAAAAUUAACGCGUUUAAAGUGAUUAUUAUGCGAUAUUUUACGUAGAAUAGUAGGCAUUUAAUUGUGUACACGAAUUAUAUCAGUUGAAUUUUCGAUAUGUUUUUUAGACGUCCUUAGGGUCGAAAAGAGGUGACAAUUACACGUCGAUGUUGUACAGAAUCACGCUGUACGGCGAAAACCGAUGGACUAAAGGUCUUAUUUACAAAUGUUUACCCGAUAACACACAGGCGAGAAACACGUAUAAAUCCGAAAUGCUGUUCAAUAACGAAGUUACGUUUUACAUGAGAUCGUAUACGGCGUUUACAGAAUAUCAAGUAUGUACUAAGUAUUAUACAUGGAAUAUUCUAUUAUUAUUAUUUAGGUAAAUUGCUCACGAUGGAGGAUUUAAUAAUAUAUAUAUAUAUAUAUAUAUAUAUCUAAAUCUAAUAAUGCUUGAUAGGAGGUCAAACAAUUGAUUCAACCUUUUAACAGUGUACCGAAAUGUUAUUUGGCGCAAAGCGAUACCGUUAUAUUAGAAGAUAUGCAAUGCAAAGGGUUCACCAUGUUUGACAGAAUAAAGGGUCUUGAUUUUAAUCAUUGCAAGGCGAUACUCAGGUAAAAUUGUCUUAAUAUUAUAUUAUAUCGUUAUGUUUUCAAUCUAGUUGUCACGUGGGUGGGUUUUUUUUUUUGUAGGACCUUAGGGAAAUUUCACGGAUUAUCAUUAUCGAUGAAAGUAGACGAACCAGACAAAUUUAAAGAAUGUGUUUCGGAUGCAAUAAAUGAAGUGUACUACAGGAGUGAAAACGAAUUGUGGUAUAAAGGGUAUUAUAAACAAGCAGCGGAAAACGCAGAAAAAAUGGUAAGAUAGCUAAUAUUGCAAUAAUUAUCAUUGUUGGAGUAUUAUACAUUUAUAAAACAAUUAUUUUAUAAAUCACAGUUAGAGUCCGAAUUGACAGAAGACGAGAAACCAAAGUAUUUGGAUAAGUUUCGGAAAUUCGUCAACAUGCAUGAGUCGUUCUUUGGAUACAUGGCGGAAAUAGUGAAACCAAAAGAACCACUUGCCGUACUUUGUCACGGUGACUGUUGGACGAACAAUUUUUUGUUCCAGUACUCUAAAGAUGGAGGGGAUAUAUCCGAAGUAAGAUUGCAAUAUCAAUAUCUCGAGUAGAAUAUAAGUAGGUAUAUAGGUACAUACUAAUAAUAGACAUUCGAAAAUUUGUCUAGGUAUCCAUCGUAGACUUUCAGGUGGCAAGAUAUGGUUCACCAGCGAUGGACUUGGUCAGUCUAUUGUAUUGUUGCACCAGUGUAGAGUUAAGAAAACAACAUUUUACAGAGUUGCUAGAAGAAUAUUACGAUUCGAUUAUCGGUUUUUUAACGCAAACGAAUUGCUUGAGUCAUUAUCCGGAUGUUAGACAAAAGUAAAUGAUAAGAUGUGACUAAUUGAGAUAAAUGAUAUUGAUAAUACAAAACACUAUAAUAUUAUACUGGCGUGGUGUAGACAUUAAUUAUAGUUUCUGAUUACUGUAAUAAGAACAGAUAAUGUCUAUAUAAUAUAAUAGUCGUGUAAAGGAAAUAAUAGUGAAACGGUUUAUUGGAGGAAAAGUAAUAAUAUAUGAAUAAUAAUAAUAACAAUCAGAAGGGGUCUUUCUUUGACUAUUUGACUAUGAUUUAUCAGAGAGUAAUCGAUUUACAACCACGUACGUACGCAUGAUAUAUUUUAUAUUGAGGCGGUUUAAGAAACUAAAUCCGGACGAUUAUUCCAAAUAGACAUUGUAUGUUUUUCGUAAAAACAAAAAAAAAAUUAGGUCGUUGUUGUAGGUGGGUAUUAUUUUUCAUUGAAUUACAACAAAAAAAUAUUCUGAAAUGAACAGAAACCGUUUUGCGUAAAUAUUUCUAUUUUCAUAACAUUUUCCCUUCAUAUUAUUAAAAAAAAAAAACUACAAAAAAUAUCAAAUAAAUUACCUCCUCAAUGAACCGAUUAGACGAAAUUUGCUACUAGAAACGAGUGUUUUUACUGAUGUCGAUUAAAGGAAUGCAAUUUCUGAUCGAAAAGUCGUUUGUUAAUAGGAAAUUAAAAGCACACAAUAAUGUUUUACUUUUAUUAUAAAUACGGUAAAAGUAAAACAUUCUCAACGUUCCAGGAACGUUCGUUUGACUUUUUAUAGAUCAUUGGCGGCAACCAAGGGGAGUGUUUUGGGUGUCUACACGCUCUCUAUAUUCACGUUUAAGUAAUAUAAAUGUAUUAAAAUAUGUUAAAAACGUGUUUUUUUAAGUGUGUAUACUAAACAUACGAUACCCCGUUCAAAAAAUUCUAGUUAUGCCAUCGCUGCAGUAAUAUAGAAUUUUGGUAUAUUUAUACAUUUGCCUCAACUAAAGUCGUAUUUUAUAUUCUACAGAAUAGAUGAAGAGAUUCUCAAGUACAACUUAUUCGGAUUGGGCGUAGCACUCGAUAUGAUACCGAUCAUCACGUGCGACUCGGCACAAGCUCCGGACAUGUACGCGAAAGAUACGACCAACCCGGAUGAAGAGCCCACUAAAGAACCAUACCCCGUCAUGACUACGAGUGAUCAGUGUCGUCGAAUGAUUACCGACCUGGUUAAAGAACUGGUGGAUAACGGACGUUUAUAAUGAUAUUAUAAUACUGUACGUGUCAGUCAAAUUACAACAAGAGCAGUACAUUUUUUGCUCAUUUUUAAAUAGGUAGUUGAUAUAGAAUAGUUACUGUAAUUAGAUUUUGUGUUAAUUUAUAUUUUAAUAAAUUAUCAUUAUUAUUA